UGUACCUAGAUGUUUCUCAGCUGCAACCACCCUGAUUGUUAGCGCUACAGGUGCCUGAGUGAUCAGCUGAUGACGUACUUGCGUACCAAGCACAUGCAUAAGUCGACGUCUCAAUUCACGGCCGCCAUCCAAACCUUCUUUUUGCAAUACCUCAAAAUCAAUAGCAGCAGCAUGGAAUUAGUGGAAUGGCAGAUAUCCCAAGUUCGCCAUGUAUUGCCAAAAGUGCCGCACUCCCCUUAAGCUAGAUGGAUCGUUAGCAGACCUCAACCCAGCUGCAUUUGAUCUACUUGUUGCUACGUCCUCCCAGCAGCACCCGAAGCGAUCGCCCUCUUCGCGCUUAACCUACCCGAAUGAUACCGAGAGAAAAGCAUUAUAUGAUAGAGUAUCUAAGGAUAUCGGACCGGCAACCUUCAAAAGAAAUGGCAGCACCUUGCGUGGCGAUGGCCAACCUCGCGAUAGCUCCGCCAUGUCCUUCGUCCUCCUUACAGAGUCUCAAGUAGCACCCCCAAGGCUCACGCCUCCAGCAGAACCCCAAAGUCCGAGACAGCAACGCCGAAUAUCCAUGUCCAGUGGCCAACGUAAUGACGGAAGGAAACCUACGCAACCCCACGAAGCCGAGCGCGUUAAUAAACUUUUUGAGAUUUUAUCCGCGCGUUCGGAUAUAGACCAUCCCGUCUGUGUUGAAUGUACGGAGAUGUUAGUAGACGGGCUCCAGAAGAAGCUGGAAUCCACAGCACGGGAACGAGAUGCCUAUGCAGCUUUCCUCAAGCAAGUCCAAGCCGAGGUGCCCAGCGAAGAGGAUAUCGCCGAAUCAGAAAAGGCCGUAGAAAUAGCACGCAAGCAAGAGCAAGAGUCGUUCAAGCAGCUAUUGGCGCUGGAGAAAGAAAAGGCGGCACUUGACCUUGAAAUCGCAGCUCUCGAGGAGGAAUCACAGGCACUAGAUGCCGAGGAGGAGCAGUUCUGGAGAGAGCGCAAUGCAUUUGCAGUGAAACUCUCCGAGUUCCAGAACGAGAGGGACAGCAUAAAUACCAAGUUCGAUCACGACUCGCAACUUCUCACGAGACUCCAGCGGGCAAACGUGUAUAAUGAUACAUUUUCAAUACACCACGAUGGUCACUUCGCAACGAUCAACGGGCUCAGGCUUGGCAGGCUAUCGGCAAAACCUGUAGACUGGCCCGAGAUCAACGCCGCUUGGGGUCAAGCAUUACUACUGGUUGUCACCGUUGCCGAUAAGCUAGGGUACAAAUUUGAGGGUUACGAGCCCUUACCCAUGGGAUCAGCAUCCAAGAUUAUUCGCUACGAUUAUCCAUCCCCAUCUUCUAGUCGGUUAGGACAUCGAAGUGGGCCCCCACCAGGACCUAAGAAGACCGUAUUGGAGCUAUUCUCCUCAGGCGAUCUUCCGCUGCAAAUGCUGUGGAACCGCAAGUUCGACCAAGGAAUGGUAGCAUUCUUAGAGCUAGUAAGACAGCUUGGGGUCUUCGUCCAUCAGCAAACGAAAGAAAGCAGCAGUCGCGAGUACGCGGCAAACCCGCUAACGCUCCCUUACAAGAUUGAAGGAGACAAGAUCGGCGACGACCGGAUAGGCCACUUCAGUAUCAAGCUGGGCAUGAAUACUGACGAGAACUGGACGAAGGCAUGCAAGUUUGCACUUACGUGUUGCAAGUUUCUGAUCGCACACGCGAGCAACGUGAGUCAUAUAUCAAACGGACGUUGAGGUCUAGCUACCUAGCGCCUGGUUCUUGUGACGGGUUAGGUUAGAGACGGCGUUUGGCGUUGCAGGAAACAAGCAAGACGUUUUACACUGCUAUCAUGGCCGGGACAUUAAUGUUGUUAGAGUCAUUAUUGUAGUUACUAGAUAUCCAAUGUAUACAUAUCUCCGGGCGCUGUGUUUGUAUUCGGUCGUUAUUAUUUAUUACUAUACUUUUGUAGUUGGGUAACAUACCUAGGUGAUAUCGCUGCUAUAUAACAAUCGAG